UCAACGAAGAAGAGGAAGAGGUGGAGGAAAAGUAGUAGUAACCGUUGGAAGAAUCCGAGUAGGGGGUGGAGGAGAAGAAAGAUGAAAUGUUGUCAACGGUAACCGAUAAAUAACAUGACAUUGGGUGUACGAAGUAACUCUUCGGAUUGAUCGGGAAAUGCGGCGAUUGCUCCCCUGUCCUCUGUGAAGACUGAAGAUGGAUGUUACCUCACCUGCAGCCCCCGUCUUGGCUUCUGCCUCGAGCCCUGGGGACCCAGGCCUACCCGGGACUCACCUGGACAGUGAGGACUAUGUGUUUGUGGAAGCCAAGCAUUCCAGUAAAGUGCUGGAGGGACUGAACAGCCUGCGACUCAACAAGGCCUUCUGUGAUGUCACGCUGUGCUGCGGAGGUCAGGAGUUCCCCUGUCAUCGCAUCGUCCUGGCUUCCUUCAGCUCCUACUUUCAGGCCAUGUUCUCCACCGACCUAAUGGAGUCGAGACAGGAUCGCGUGGCCAUCAAUGGGGUGGAGCCACAAAUGAUUGGCAUGCUGGUGGACUAUGCCUACACGGCCCAGGUGGUGAUCUCCCGGGCCAAUGUGCAGGCCCUGCUGGCGGCCGCCAACCUGCUGGACGUGCAGGCGGUGCGCGAGGCUUGCUGCGGCUUCAUGGAGCGCCAGAUGGACGAGGGCAACUGCGUGGGGAUCCACUGCUUCGCCGAGGCGCACUCCUGCAGCCGGCUGGAGAAGUGUAGUAUGGACUAUAUCCUGCAGCACUUCAGCGCCGUGUGCCACCAGGAGGAAUUCCUAUCCCUCUGUGCAGACAAGCUAACGGAAAUCAUCUCAAGCGACCACUUGAAUGUGCCGAAGGAGGAGACCGUGUUUGAGGCGACCAUGUUGUGGCUGAACAAGUGUGCCACCCGCAAGACGAGUUUCGAAAAGGUGCUGGAGCACAUUCGGCUGCCCCUAAUGAGCCCCUACUACCUCCAUGAUGCGGUGGAGUCGCUCCCAGUGGUCCGAGAGUCCCUGCGGUGUCAGAGGCUAAUCUCUGAGGCCAAAGACUACCUCCUGCUACAAGACCGUCGCGGAGAACUUUACAGCAUGAGAGCCCGGCCUCGUCGGUCCACGGGGACGGCGGAGGUGAUAGUGACUGUCGGGGGCGAGGAUGACAAGGUGGUCCUCCGCAGUGUUGAAAGCUACGACCCCGUCACCAACCAGUGGAAGAGUCUGGCUUGCCUCCCCUUCGCUGUCAGCAAGCACGGUCUGGUGGCCUCGGGCUCCACGCUCUACCUGGCAGGGGGCGAGUUCCCCGACGGCUCGGCCAGCAGGGAGAUGUGGCGCUACGACCCGUGCUUUGACUCCUGGCUGGAGAUGGCUCCCAUGAACGUGGCACGCUCUGAGCUGGGCCUGGUCAUGCUGGACGGCUUUGUGUUUGCCAUUGGCGGCUGGGAGGGCCAGUCGAGGCUCGAUUCGGUGGAAUGUUAUGACCCCCAGACUAAUAGCUGGCAGUUCAUGGAGUCUGUCAAGAUGGCCGUCACCAGCCCGGCUGUGGUGGCCCUCGACGGGCUGCUCUAUGUCACAGGGGGUGCCAUCUUGGAGGAUGGCGACGGCACGGACCUGACGCAGGUGUACAACCCUAAAACGUGCCUCUGGACCGAGGUGGCACCUAUGCAGAUCGCUCGCUCUGGGUCGGCCGCCUGCACGCUGAAGGGCAAGAUCUACGUCAUCGGGGGGUGGCAUGCGUCCACCGAAAACACAGACAAGGUAGAGUACUAUGAUCCUCAGAGUAACCGGUGGACCAUGUGUGCCCCGAUGAAGGAGAGGCGCUACCGUCCAGGCGUGGCAGUGGUGGAUGGCAAGAUCUACGUGCUGGGUGGCGAAGAGGGUUGGGACAGGUACCAUGACACCAUCGAGCGAUACUGCGAGGAGACGGACACCUGGGAGAUCGUGGGCGAGAUGCCAACCAGCCGCAGCUGGCUCAGCUGUGCCUCGCUGCCUCUGAGGAAGGACGUGGGCGCUACCCGUCCAGACACGGCCCCCAACGCCACAUUCUGUUUGGAAUGAACGGCGCUCGGGCUGCAGCCAGAGCUGACCUCAGAUCACCAGUCCCUUCCGCGGAUCCUGCCCACGUGGACAGAGGGACACGCAGGUACUUCCUUGGUCCCAGCUCAGUCGUCCGACACCCGCAGACAGUCCACGUUUUUGUUACUCUCCCAGCGUGCCCGUAUCAGGCAUUUGGUGUUUCUGAUUGGGAGGGAGCAAAAAUGUGGACUGUCUGUGAGUCCCCAAGGACUGGGUUGGGAAACGCUGCCCAAGAGUGAUAUCCUGAACCAGGCGGGGGCUUGUGUGGAGCUCAGUCUUGCACUAAUGUUCUGCCUAACAUGGACUCUGAGGGGAGCGCCUCAGUCUGAGGAACCUUGUGUUGUAUUGCAAAUAAUUUAUUUUUAAUGAUUGUCAUUAAGUGCAGCUCAUUGAUGGGGGGGGGGGGGCAGUAAAACAGGAAGAACUGUAGGUUUAAAUUAGUUUGAUUUGCUAGAUGUCAACACACAUCCAGGUAAACGUUUCUCUCCACAUCACCGUACCCUUAGCCCACAUCACCGUACCCUUAGCUCACAUCACCGUACCCUUAGCUCAUACAGUGGCACCUGAUGUGAACACCAUCCGGAGUCGUUUGCUUUUUUUUUAACAUGCUGGCACAUUGAGAUCCAUGCAGUGUGGAGCCUCUGUAUUUAAGCUUUGAAUGUUUAUACGGUGUGACCGGCUCUCUCCUUUUCCAAAGAGGAUUCCUUGGUAGUGUUUGUGCGGUAUUAACGGUGACAAUCUUCUUUAAGUGCUUUACAAUAAAGUUUUACUGAGUCUGUAUUGGGUACAAGGAGUUGGUGGUUAGCCUGUUUUUACAUGUUGAAAUGUAUAUUGAAGGAAUAAAGGUGCUUUCUCCCUA